UGGGUGGCAGAACACCUCCGUGACACCUACUUGGCAUUCCCACAGACCCUACCCUCCUUGCUGUCUGUGUACCAGCUCUGGCUCGGAGGACGCUGCCCCUCAGCUGCGCGUUCUCUUUUGGCCUCGUCCACCCUUGUGGCUCUCGCGAAGCCGAACGGGGACGUGCGGCCGAUCGCCAUUGGAGAGGUGCUCGUGCGCGUCCUCUCCCGCGCAGUCUGCCUCCAGCUCCGCGACCAGAUGGCGAGAGUGUUCCUCGCGUCACAGCAGUUCGGAGUCGGGGUCACGUGUGGCACAGAGGUCACCGUUAGAGGCGUUGUCCGCGCUCUAGCUGACCACCCAGGCUGGGUGGUUCUGCAGCUGGACGUGGCCAACGCCUUUAACUCUUUCUUUCGCGACGUCUUGUUCCAGGCACUGCAUGCCAGUCCUGAGUUCAGGUGCCUCAUUCCUUUCAUCCGUCUUUUCUACGGCACGCCGUCCGAUCUGCUCUAUCGGACCGGCAGGGGAGUCACCACGAUGCACUCGGAGCGCGGCACUCGGCAGGGAGACCCGCUGAGCCCGUUUCUCUACGCCCUCACGCAGCGCCUUGCCCUGGAGCCCGUCCUGGCAGGGGGUGACGUCCAGCUCUGGUCGUACGCCGACGACACCUACCUCGUGGGCCCUCCGGACAGGUUCCUAGGGCUGUGUGCAUCGCGGACAGCACGGCGGAGGAGAGAUUCAGGGGCAGGGGAUGACGGGUCGGCACGGAUAUUUGAGACGAGCCUCACUACGCGUCUCUCCGUGGCACUGCAGCGCGCGCAGGCAAAUGUGAUCAUGCAGCAUGCAGUGCGGCAGCUGGGCGGCUCCGACAAUGGAUGGAUGCCAGCGCCUGUACCUUUGGGCGCUGGGCAGGGGAGUUGGCACCACAUCACAGGGUGCUUCGAGAGUGCAGCAGAUAUGCAGUACAUGUAUGAUGCAUAUGUGUAGAAAAACAUAUAUAGGCCGUGCUUGAGACGCUGUGCCCGCGCUGUCGCGUGGGCUGUUGUUUUGUUAGGUCCCAGGAUGUCCCUUUGAUAUAGUCACACCCCCCCUCCCCUCUUCCCCUCUUCUCUUUCUCUCCUCUAUCUCGCUCUCUUCUCCCCCACUCUUUCUGCUACCUUCUUCCUUCCACUAUCUUCUCUUUCUUU